AUGACUCGCAACAAUCUUGCUGAGCAUUUGUCCUGGCUGUUGGACGACCGAGGCCGCUCCAAGCCCGCUACACCAUCUUUUCCAGUCUGCAGUGAUUCUUCCCAGACCGGUUUGAUUCAAUCUCAACACUCAGACUCCCAAGCACGGCAAAGCCUACAGGCUGCUACGUCUUUUCGUCCCGAAGAAGUCCCACGGCCGAGAGGCGACGCGUCAAAUACUACCAAUGGACGGGGUGAAUUGGGUUCAACAUUGCGGCAGGCGGACCAGGUGAUACUGGACGACGACGAAAACGACGACGACACCAUGGGACGCCUUAUGUUGAGCUCGAAAGCAAAGAAGCCAAGUCUUGUUUCAAGGCCACAACAACUUCUUACGCCUUCAUCCCUUACGCCAAAGAUUCCAAGUCGACAAGAUACUCCCGUUAAACGUUCGAAUGAGUCGCCACCCAAGAAAACGGCUGCCCCAGUGGCCGCCCCAACCCAACGCCAACCCACGAGCAGCCCUGAAUUCCCAGAACUCAAGACUGGCGGCGUUGAUUACAUGGAUUUGACCGACGAUACUUUUGCUUCUUCCGACUCACUGUCUUUUGGUAGUGACAUAAAGCUAUGGCGUGAAGACUAUGCUACCCGACCAGAGCCCGAGCCAGCUGUUUCAAGUGGUAGAAAGAGGAAGAGUAAUGAGAUUACAAAGGAAGAGUUCAGCGACCUAGGCGAUAUUCCCGAUGUCUACGAACUUCUCGGCACUGAGCCUCCGCCCCCAAGUCCGACUCGAUCUGCCCGACGAAAUAACGGAUCCCUUAGUACUCGAACUCGUCGAACCCGCGAUGGCUUUACUGACCAUGCGUCAAAGACAAUCGAAGCAAUCAGCGAAGAAGAACAGGAUAUCAUGUUGUCACCAUCAGCCAGAGUUCGCAGUCAACUCAUUCGUGAGCGAUCCCAUACAGGAGCAUCUACAGUGAUCGACACUAGCCGGGGUCCCAAGAGAGCUGCCAGUCCCUUGAAAGAUCCCGCAAGCUCUGCGACCACGAAGCCAAUCAUCCGAGCGCCAUCCUUACCACCCAACGAUCCUACAGGCGAUGAGCUUGUUAUUCCCGACUCAGACGACGAAUUUCUUACACCACCUUCCCAUAACAAGUCUCUUACAAUUUUGCAAGGUUCCCCAACCAAGACUGAGCAUACCGAGCCGCAAACUCACACGGUACCACUCUCUGCAGCCCGGAUCAAUCUUUACUCGGCCUCGCAACGACAAGCCUCCUCUGACUCGACUGCUAAUGUGGAACGAGCCGACACAGCAAACAGCUCCCAGUCUACUAAGCUGGUGGCUGACGAUUCUGUUCUUGAGUUUUCCGACGGAGAUCCUCCGCACUCAAGCCAAGAACCUACUCUUCUCAAACAACUAGUUUCCGAUUCAACCUCAUUGACCAAAUGGGGCGAGUUCGUCGACCAACUCAUUCAGCAAAACGGGAAGAAAUUUACACAAGCAAUAAACGAACGAUGGUCGAAGCCGCAGCGCGCAGAGGUCAAGGUUGAGAAGGAGCGUUUGAAGCGACAACGAGCGGCUAUUGCUGAACUCGCCGGUUCUGUUGAGGAUUAUAGAGUGUUGGGUGAGAAACGGGAACAACUGGCCCAGCAGAUCGCUCAAGCUUAUGAGGAGAGUCUCGAUACGGACGAUGAUGAAGUCCGACUUGAUGAUCUUACCGAUGAGAUCCAAGAAGUCGAGGAGGGUCUUCUGAAGACCAUCAGGGAUGCCAGGCUGGAUAUCGAUGGAUUUCUCGCAACCAUUCGGAAACCAGUAUCCGCCCCUGCGCCAGUUGUUGUAUUGGGUACUCAACCUGUCUUUCAAAGCAGCGUCAACAUGUCUAUGCCUUCACGAGCGAUUUCAGGCAACGACAUGGGCACGCAAGUCGUCCACCAGACCCAACUGCCCAGGACAUCUGCCUGGAACCCUCCGGCCUCAAGAAUCGAAGCGUCACAAGGCAUGAGUGUUCUUUCGCAGGAGGACGACGAUUUCGGUGCCAUUCCUUUCCCAAGAGAAUCAACAAGAGCAUCAGGACCCUCUUACCAACCAAAAUCAACGAUGAGGCCCAUGGAGACGGAUCCUAUUCUUCUAGAAGCGGAGCUUGACGACGGCGACGAAGGACUAUCGGAUCUAGAUGACGUCCAACUUCCGCCACGGGCCAGGGUCUCCAAUAACCUGUCACACAUGACAAGUAAUCGUAGGACGACCCAGGGAACGCAUCACCGGGCGGGCGAUGAAUUCAGUGACUUCAGCGACGAUGAGGAGAUGCUUGCUUUUGCUCGGGACUAUGAGACCCGUCAAUCGCUGGCUCCUGGCUCACAAGAUCCGAGAAAAAUAUUCUCAGAGACAUCUGGUAAUGUGCUGCCUCUGGCAAAGUCACGAGCGUCACUGAAGAAGCCGCCAACCACAGUGGCCCCAGAAGCAAUCCCAGCCCAUCUGAUGAAGUAUCCAUGGUCUCCCGAGGUUCAGAGGAUGCUUAAAGACAGAUUCAGGAUGAGGGGAUUUCGUUGUAACCAGCUAGAGGCGAUCAACGCUACGCUGAGCGGGAGAGACGCUUUUGUUCUAAUGCCCACUGGCGGCGGCAAGUCACUGUGUUACCAAUUGCCAGCUGUUGUCAAGAGUGGCAGAACUCGUGGUGUCACCAUCGUCGUAUCACCUUUACUCAGCUUGAUGCAAGAUCAGGUCGAUCAUAUGAAAGCUCUGGGAAUACAGGCUGUUGCAUUCAACGGAGAGUGCUCAGCAGAAUACAAAAGGCAAGUGAUGAGCGCCUUCAAUGAGCAAAAACCUGAACACUUCCUUGAACUCUUGUAUGUCACUCCUGAGAUGGUGAGCAAGAACGUGAAUUUUAACAACGGAUUGGAAACGCUGCACCGCAAGGGAAAAUUUGCACGUCUUGUCAUCGACGAGGCACAUUGUGUCAGUCAAUGGGGCCAUGAUUUCCGACCAGACUACAAGAUCCUUGGCCAAGUACGGCAAAAGUAUCCAGGAGUGCCGGUAAUGGCUCUUACUGCUACCGCCACCAAAAAUGUCAUCGUCGAUAUCAGACACAAUCUUGGUAUGGACAACUGCCAGACCUUCUCGCAAAGUUUCAACCGCCCGAAUCUGUACUACGAAGUCCUACCAAAGACUACCAAUGAGAAAACGAUCGACAGCAUCGCUUCGCUCAUUCAUUCCAAGUAUGCGAACCAGAGUGGAAUUGUUUAUACUAUUUCGCGAAAGAAUGCCGAAAAGGUUGCGGACAGUCUCUCCGAUAGUGGAAUUACCGCCAGGUUCUACCAUGCAGGUUGCGACCCUCAGGAAAAGGUUGAAGUACAGACUGCGUGGCAAAGAGGACAAGUCAAGGUUGUGGUAGCAACAAUUGCAUUUGGAAUGGGCAUUGACAAGCCUGAUGUGAGGUUUGUCAUGCAUCAUGGACUUCCAAAGAGUCUGGAAGGUUACUACCAGGAGACCGGCCGUGCAGGCAGAGACGGUAAUCCUUCUGAUUGUAUUCUCUUCUACGGAAGAGGGGACAUAAGAGUCCUGAAGAAAUUGAUUCAAGAUGGAGAUGGUAGUCACGAGCAAAAAGAGCGCCAGAUGUCUAUGCUCAACCGGGUCACGGCGUUCUGCGACAACAAGUCGGACUGUCGACGAACCGAGAUUCUUCGCUAUUUCGGCGAAGACUUCGCAGUAGAGCAGUGCAAGAAGAGUUGCGACAACUGCAAGGCUGGUUUGACUUUUGAGCAGCAGGACUUCUCAGAGUACGCCAUUGCUGCUAUCCAGGUUGUCCAGGCCCAGAACCGUAUCACAGCUGUGCAAUGCUCCGACAUUCUCCUGGGAAAGAAGUACCCUCAAAAUGAAGCAGAACUUUCAGACCAGUGGCACGGCAUGGCAAAGGGCCUCAAGAAACAUGAGCUUAUUCGUGUCAUCGAUAAAUUGUCGGCUGAAAAGGCUUUUAAUGAGGACAAUCAGGUUGGCCGCCAUGGUAUGGCGAUUCAAUAUCUACGUCUCGGUCCAACACACCGGUUGUUCCUUUCAGGUCAACGAAAGCUCAUGCUGCACAUUCAAGUACCGGAGGCUGGUGCCCCUAAGAAAGCGCCCAAGCCUCGAGCAAAGAAGGGCAGCAAGGCAGCUGGUGAGGAAGAGGCUCCAAAUAUGCCCUCGACCUAUGUUUCCUCGCCGGUUGGCCGACAGAAAAAGAAAUCACGAACAACGGCGAGUGAUCGGGGGAACGCUACGACAUCAGCAUACUCGUGGGAAGAUGCAGGAUUCGUGGUAGGUGACGAAGAUGAUUAUGAUGAUGCCUUCGAUGAGCUCCCGCAACAUCGCCCUGCAAGACCAUCCUCCCGUACUCCUGGCCCUCCGAUACCAGUUGACACUAGCUUGGAAGAACUGGACGAAAUACAUCGAGACAUGGUCGACAGCUUUGUUCGAGAAGCACGACAAACAGAGGAAAAGAUUCGUAACCAGAAAAGUUUGAGGAGGCCUCUGUUCACGGAAAAAGACUUCCGUCUGAUGGCGAUUCAGUGGACCACCUCGACUGACAAGAUGCAAAGGAUUCCCGGUAUCGACCCUGAGAAAGUGAAGGAAUAUGGGCCUCGGAUCCUUCGUAUCUUACAGAAACACCACAAUCAUUACCAAGAAGCCAUGAGCCCUAGAAGCGGCGGCCAAGGGCAGGAUGUCGUUGAUCUGAUCAGCUCAGAGGUUGAGAUGGAUGAUGAUGCCGAGGAAGAUGAAGACGGCGAGGACUCACACUAUUUCAACGAAAAUUCGAGAGCAGAUGUCCAGGCGUUCCACAACAGGCUCCAGAACCUCGGCAGCACACAGACACAAAGCAAACCGAGAUCAUCUAGUAAGGGCAGUGGAGCGAGCAAACGAUACUCGAGCGGGAAGAAAUACCCGAGCAAGAGGGCUUCGGGUGGCGUAACGAAACGCAAAAGCACUGGUGCUAGUUCCAGCCGUAAAGCUAGCGGCACACCAACGGCAGGUAAAGCUUCUGGCAGCACUGCCAAACCCCUCAAGAAGAGCGGCAUUGGGUUGAUGCCCAUGUAG